AUUAGAAAUUAACAUAAGUUACAAGUAUAAUGUGUUGUAGAUAUUUGCCAGUUCUAGCGUGCACUUAUUUAGCACUGGAUGAAUUUCAAGUUUGAAAAUGGCUACGGGAGAAAAUUGUGACGAGAAUAGAACACGGAGUUACGUUAUGGAAGAUAGAAUGAUGGAACAUUUAGAGGAUUUAAUUUCUACAAAAUUUGCUUGUUUUGAGGAAAAACUUGUGAAAACGCAGAAAAACAUUGCCGACAGUCAGAUUACAACAUUACAACAAGACAUUUUAUGUAAUGACAAUUACACGUUUAAGAGGAAGAGCUGCGAGGACCAAUUCAAAUUCAAUGUUAAAGUGACGAAAACGCUGAAGGACGCAGACGCCAAAAUUAAAGGCUUAGAAAUGAACGAGGCGUCAAAAAGCAUCGCAGAAGGUUUGCAACUUCUUCAUAGUCGACAAAAAUUGAUAAGAAUUGCCGAUUCAUCAGAUCUUGGUUGGUCAGUUGUUAAAGAAUACCAAGCCAAUCCGUUAGCUUCAGACUCGGAAGAUGAGAAGAAAAUAGUGAGAGCAGAAAGUCGAGCGAAUAAAAAACUGAAGGCUAAACGAUCUUCUACGACUUCCAGGCGUUUCGGAGGAAGAUUCGUACCUUACACUAGUACUUCCCAGACUCAACAAAUGAAGACCGGAACAAGCAUUCCAACGAUAAACAACGGUAGCGUUGGCAGAACAAACAGGCCUGGGCUAUGUUUUGGUUGUGGUAAACCUGGUCAUUGGAAGUUUGAGUGCAGGAGUGACGAAAACAAGAUGUAUGAUAAGAUAAGUAGAAAUUUUAAUUCAUUUGAUUCUGUAAAGAGCAAAUAUUGUUCAGAUACAAAAGAUAUGCAGUGUAGCCCUAUACGGGCCUCAGAAAUAAAAAUAGGCAUGUCCGAUAAAAAUAGCAGUGUAGAGUCUAUUUAUAGCGUGGGUAAUUACACGUCAGUAGAGGGAGUAUCGCCAGUAGGGCGUUUGAAGGAUUGUAUGUCAGAAUGGGAAAAAAUUGAUGUUGAUAUUUACAUAAAAAAUGUCAUCCAUAACGGAUAUAAGCUUCCGUUAAAAACUUUGCCAGGUGUCGAAUUAAGAUCCAACAUCGUAAGAAAACUACAGGAAUCUGGUUGUAGCGAUUUUUCUAAAGUUGACAGUUUAUGUGAUCACUUGUUAAAAUGUAAAAGUGAAAACACUACAAAGACAUAUAACUCUGGAUUCAAGAGAUGGAAGGUAUAUUGUAGUAACAAAGGAUAUACAGCUUUGCCAGCAAGUCCAAUUUUAGUAGCUGUAUAUUUAACUGAACUUUUAGAUUCUUCAUCAUCAUAUCAUACGGUUUCUAAGGCUUUUUACGGUAUAAAAUGGGCUCAUGAGCUUAAUGGGUUAGACGAUCCAACCAGAAAUUCAUUCGUUAAAAACUUAUUGGAAUCAGCAAAGCGCACUUCAAGAAAACCAACUACUAAGAAAGACCCAGCAACGUCAGAAAUAAUCAUAGAACUGUGUGAAAGGUUCGCAUCAUCAGAAGAUUUAUGUACUGUCAGAAAUUUGUGCAUGAUAACUACUGCAUAUGCAGGUUUUUUGAGAUUUGACGAGUUAAGUAACAUAAGAUGCAAAGAUAUUUCUUUUGAUGAAAAUUAUUUUAAGAUACAUAUAAGCAAAAGUAAAACUGAUCAGUACAGAUUUGGUAAUGAAAUUUUGAUCAGUAAAGGAGUUACAGUAGCAUGUCCAUUUACAAUGUUAAAGAGAUACAUGUGUUUGGCAAGCAUUGAUACUUCUACGGAAGGUUUUUUGUUUAAACCAGUGUUUAAAUCAAAAUGUGUCAGUAAAUUGAUAUAUAAAGACAAAAAGAUUAGUUAUACUCGAGCCAGAGAAUGUAUUGUUAAGCUUUUUAAAGAAGUGGCUCCAGAUCUUAAUAUUGGCCUUCAUUCGUUAAGGUCCGGUGGUGUUUCCACUGCAGCAAAUAAUAAUGUUAACGACAGAUGUUUAAAGAGGCAUGGAAGGUGGAAGACUGAUUUUGCAAAAGAUAUGUAUGUUUCAGAUUCAGUUGAAAACAGAUUAAAAAUUUCACAGUGUUUGAGUAUUUAGUGAAAACAGUUGAAAUUUAACUUAAAUGAUCAAGAGGAGUUCUUUUUAUUUGUUGGUUAGGUGUACUGUUUUAAGUAUUGAAAAAUUGUAACUUCAGAUUUGUACAUGUAAACGGAAGUAACAUAUUUAUUUAUAUAUAUAUGUGUUAAACACGGAGAUUAUCUCCCCAAAAUCAGAUUCAUUGAAAUUUUAUUGAGCGUUUGUUGUUAAAUAUUUCGUUCAACAGUUGAAAUUAAGAUCAAAUCUUUUUAUAGUUGUUUAAAGUAAGGAAUUUAGGAAACAUUUGCUUUGUACAUGUAAAAGAUGGUAUCAUGAAUUAUCUAUAUGCAGGUGUUUAAUGCAAGGUCUUU